CGCGUUGGUCGCGGUAGUACGCAUUUAGCUGCGAGGUGUCUGAGUGUAUCGGUCGUGAUAGGAUAGACGGACGCGCCGACCUUUCCGAUAGUGGGUUGAUGAUUCGUUAGACCCGCCUGCCAGCCUGCCUGCUUCUUUGUUCGCGCGAUAAGAUCGAACGAGAUUACGAAACAUGUCGACCAAGUCGAGCAAGAAGACCGCGGCCGCCGCCGCCACCGCCGCCUCGUCUUCCUCCGGCGUCAGCAGCAUGCAAUCGCCGCCAGCGAGCACGUCGACGCCGAUCGGCGGCCGGCGACCCGGCAGCCCGCUCAGCCCUACCCGCUAUUCUCGGCUACAGGAGAAGCAGGAGCUCCAAAAUCUCAAUGACCGUUUGGCGUGUUACAUCGAAAAGGUGCGCUACUUGGAGACCGAGAACUCCCGACUGACGCGGGAGGUGCAGACCACCCAGGAAACGGUCACCCGGGAGGUGUCCAAUAUCAAGUCUAUGUACGAGCACGAGCUCUCCGACGCGAGGAAGCUGCUCGACGAGACGGCCAGGGAACGCGCCAAACUCGAGAUCGACACGAAACGCUUGUGGGACGACAACGAGGAUCUCAAGAGCAAGUUGGACAAGAAGACGAAGGAAUUGCAGAUUUCUGAGCGAAAUGCGAUGAUAUACGAGACCCGCUUCAACGACAUGCAAUUGCAGUUUAAUCAGUCGCAAGCAGAACGUAAAAAGUUCGCGGAGAAGGAGCGAGAAUUGGAGAAGGAGCUAGAUCGAGUGAAAGGAUUGUUGGACGACGCUCGCAAGCACCUUGAGGAAGAGACUCUGCAACGAAUCGAUCUCGAAAACAACAUUCAGACCCUCAAGGAGGAUAUUACUUUCAAAGAUCAGGUUUAUCAGCAAGAGCUUUCGGAGACCCGUACGAGACGACAGGUGGAAAUAUCCGAGAUCGAUGGCCGUCUCGCUGAACAGUACGAGGCUAAAUUACAGCAGUCCCUGCAGGAAUUACGCGAUCAAUAUGAGGGUCAGAUGCGCGCUAAUCGCGACGAAAUCGAGCUUUUGUACGAGAACAAGAUCAAAAACUUGACGUCUCAGGCGCAACGUAACAGCGGAGCCGCCACUAUGGCGGUGGAAGAAUUGAGACAGACGCGAAGUAGAAUUGAAAGUCUCAAUACCAAGAUCAACGAGCUUGAAGCCACCAUUAAUGCUAUUAAUGCGCGCAACAGGGACUUGGAGAACUUGCGAGAGAACGAACGCGCUCGUUACACGGAGCAGAUGGCCGCGUUGGAGUGCGAGGUGGCGCGUAUGCGAGAGGAAAUGGCUCAGCAAUUGCAGGAAUAUCAAGAUCUCAUGGACAUUAAAGUAGCGCUCGACUUGGAAAUCGCCGCGUACCGCAAGUUGCUCGAGUCCGAAGAGGCGAGAUUAAACAUCACGCCUGUACAGUCGACCAAUACCUCCAUGUCCACUGGUGGUAGAACAACUCCGUCCAGGCACAUCCCUCUCAGAGGCGGUAAACGAAAACGUACUUUGUUGGAAGAAAGCGAGGAGCGGAGCAGCAGCGACUACAGUGUUACUAGUUCCGCCAGAAGUGACGUAGAGAUCACGGAGGCUGAUCCCCAAGGACGAUUCGUCAAACUGACCAACAAAGGAAUCAAGGAGAUAGGCUUGAGUGGAUGGCAGAUUAUUCGUAAAGCUGGCGCUCUGGAGACGGUUUUCAAGUUCCAUCGUACCGCGAAGCUCGACGCAAGCGCCACGGUGAUGGUUUGGUCGGCCGAUAUCGGCGCGACACACGAGCCACCAUCGAACGUUGUUAUGAAGGGACAGAAGUGGUUCGUAGCGGAUAAUAUGACUACGAUUCUGCUAAAUAACGAAGGAGAGGAAAUGGCAACUUCCGAACGCAAGAGACAGCAGUUAUCGACAUCCUUGUCUCGGCACAGGGAAAGCUUAGGAUACCGACCAUCCGAGGAGAUUCACCACCAACAGAGAAGAUAUCUCUACCCGUAUUAAGGGUGAGGGCACACGACUCUGAUGGGCACUUUAUGGCGACCCCCAAAGUGAAGAGCGUUGCCGCCUUAUGUGAACGUAAAUUUAUCGUAAGCUUAAAUGUAAUAUCAAAAAGAUUCUAAAAAGCUAUCUAUGAUAAUGGGGCUUCAUUCCGUCAGCACCAUUUUAAAUAACUGAUAAAAGAGAUCACGCCAUUAACACAGAAAUUAAUUUAGAAUAUAAUAUCAGAGAUAUGUGAAGAUCGGAUAUCUUAGGUUGUGGGUUACAACAACGAGAGAAAAACGAUGAUAUGAAAUGAAGAUUGAGACAUUGUGCGAUUUCCUUACAUUUAUUACAAUAGAGUAUAUAGAUAUAUAUAAGUAUGUACAACGUAUGAGAAGAUAUUGUAUAAUAUAUUUGAGCUGACAAGAGUUCAAAUCAAACUUAACAAAUGGGUUCCGUGAAUAAAUACGUUGCAUUUACGAAAUUAUUUCUUACGAAAGAAUUGUAUUCCGUUAAAUCCACAGGCGUACAACGAUCAUCUGAUACAGACGGAUAAUAGCGUUCGCGCGAGUAUCGUCCAUUUUCUCUUACGAAAUGUAUCGCGCAGAAUUCGUCCGUACGAAUCGUUUCAUGCGUUCGUCUUUAUCUCUUCCAAAUGGUAAUAUUGGCCUAAUAACAUGUGUUGUAGUAAUUUACAAUUAAUCUAUGACAACUAGUUACGUUUAUGUUCGUUCAUCUUGUCCAACAGGAAACAUUAAGUUAUCAGUAUUUACCUUAUGCUCUUUUUUACUAUUUCUUUUUCAAGGGGCCACAUACAUGUAAAUGUGUCAAGAAAAUCGAUUAUUCAAAAAUAUACUCUUUUACUAUCAUUAUAGAAGAUUCCCUGAAAAUUUUAUUCGAAAAUUCGUAAAAAUGAUGGAGUUAUAGUCUGUUGUAGUAUAGCGCACACAACCGUUCACCUCUGUUACAACGUAUCAGUUUCCUGUCGAAGGAGAUUCGAAUUAAUUUGUGAUACAGUAUGUUCCCGUAUGUGCGAAGAAUCUUGAAAGUCCUGCCACUUCGAAAAGCAGACGUAUUCAAUAGAUGUAGCCGCAAGUACUUAAUGAACAGUUGCAUUAAAAAUAAUGCAAGCUAUGAAAUUAUCGUCGGAAGACAAUCGGCAUUUAAGUAACGCGCAUGCAACGCUAAGUAAGGUGAAGAAACAUUGCUGCACCGACAACAAUAAAAAGACUUUUUCGAAGCAUCAAAAGGAGAAGAAACAUCAUACGGCCAAGGAAUGGAUGAUUCUAUGAAAGUAUAACAAAACUUAUUUUAUUAAGCUCAAAACGUGUUUUUCUCGUUUUCGAAAUCGGUCCCAGAAAAAUCUCAGACUGUUAUUAAUAAACCGAUUAAGCUGUUAUUUGACACGGUAAUUUUUAACAAGUAGUACUUGCAAGAUCGCACCUUUAACUUCGAACAUCUACCAUAUCCAUGCAAAUUUUUUCAAAUCAGCUCCGACAAGCAUCAGUUUUGUUUACCUACUUCAAAGAAAAAUAAUGUUCUUUUUUGUUUCAGAUAAAUAAUAGCGGAGAUAUAGCUGGUACCAUUUUUGUCGUCGACAGCAAUACUACUGCAUUUGUUUAUGCAGCGGAGUAAUUUUUAGGAAAUUGUUCAUAUUACUAUUAACAGACAUUUUAGUUAAAAGUACAUCCUUUCCUUUCCUCUUUUAUAACUGAUCGCCUUCUAAAAAUUCGUGAAAAUCAUUUUUUACGCGUCUAUGUAUGUAUGUAGCCCCUUAAGUAUAACAGUGUCAGACUGUGGGAAUAGUAAAGUACGAUAGUUUCGUGUGCUGUCGUUCGAGUGGACAAUUUCGGCCUAAAGAAAAUGUUCGAUUAAGAUUCGAGCGAAAUAUUGUGGUCGGUUAUACUACAUAUCGAUGAAGGAGAAGCAUGUUCUUCGGCCGCGUUAAAACCGUGAAAUUGUGCAUCUAUUUGACUGCGCGUAACUCUGCCUGAGUUUUCUACGAAAAUCGCGCAGAUUUCAAGGAGAAUUCUGAGAAAUGUAUUUUUGUUCCUACAUAAUUGCGCCCAUUUCAGCAUACGAAAUAAUUUUCUUAAUUGUACUCAGCUUUGUAUCAUUUAUACCAAUAAAAAUUACAAAAAUGUAA